AUGAAGGGAACUUUAUGUUUGUUUUUCAGAUGGUUCCUGCUGUACCAGAAUCUCCUGUUCUAUGCAGAAACUGAUGAGGCCAACAAACCCUCAGGGGUGGUGUUUCUUGAGGGCUGUUACUGCGAGAGACUCAUCACCCCUCUGGGGUCAGGACCGAAAGGAAAGGACUCUGACAAGCAGCUUUCACACUGUUUUGCCAUCACCUACCGGAGGGAAAACCAAAGGCAUUAUGAGCUGAUGGCAGAAACAGAGUCGGACUGCAAGGCUUGGAUAGAUGCCAUCAAGCAAGCCAGCUUCAACAAGAUGCUGUUGCAAAAGGAGGAAUUGGAACAGAAGCACUUGCAUCUACUGCAAAUAGUGGAGAGUGAGAAGACGGCCAAGUGGCAAUACACCCAACAGUGCGAGGAACUGACUUUGGAGAUCAAGAAGUUGAGAACUGAGUUGUGCCAAUUGAAGAGAGAAUGGAAGUUUUUGCCGAAUACGAAAUCCCGGUCUGCGAGCAGUUCUGAAGAAGAACCCGAGGAGAUCCGGAAAAUCAAAAAGGUUCAAAGUUUCUUCAGGGGUUGGCUGUGCAGAAGACGUUGGAAGCAGAUUGUGGAAGAGUAUAUUCAUUCUCCUCAUGCUGAGAACAUGAGGAAGCGCAACAGCUUAGUAUUUCGGAUGGUGGAGGCAGAAGAAGAGUAUGUAAGACAGCUGCAGAUCCUCAUCUCAGGGUUUCUAAGACCCUUCAAAAUGGCGGCCUGCUCAAGGAAGCCCAUCUGCACACAUGAGGAUGUCAACUCCAUCUUCCUCAACAGUGAAACUGUCUUCUUCCUCCACCAAAUCUUCCUCAAGGGUCUCACUGCUAGGAUGGAAAAUUGGCCCACUCUAGUGCUUGGUGAGGUUUCAAUGCAUGACAAAUCCAUCAGAGACUUGUUUGACAUGCUGUUGCCCAUGUUGUCUAUAUACCAGGAAUACGUCGUGACAGAGUGCAAGCAAAAUGUGGAGUUUGCGCAUUUUCUUGACAAAUUGGAAAACAAGUCUGGGAUCCAAGGAAGAACUCUGGAGAACUUUUUGACCUAUCCAAUGCAUCAGAUCCCGAGAUACAUAAUCACUUUGCACGAGCUGCUGGCUCACACGCCUUACAAUCACGUUGAGAGGAAGUCUCUGGAAAAUGCGCGGAAUCAGUUGGAAGACCUGUCAAGGCAAAUGCACGACGAGGUGAGUGAGACGGAGAACAUCAGGAAGAACCUGUCAAUCGAGAGGAUGAUUGCUGAGGGCUGUGAUAUCCUGCUGGACAUGAACCAGGUCUUUGUGAGACAAGGGACUCUUCUCCAGCUGCCAAAGAAUAGGAAGAGCUCUUCCAUGAGGAGUCUCAUGGGGAAUUUCAAGAGCUCUGAGAAGGACAAUGUCAGGCAGUGCUUCCUCUUCACCAAUCACCUCAUCAUUGCCACCAGGACAUCAGGAGGAAAGCUGCACCUGGUGGACAAAGUGGGACGCAUAGCCCUGAGUGACGUGUCCCUCAUUGAAGACCCCCCGGAGACUUGUUUCUACGAUGACCAAGAUGGCGGGUCUUUGAACUCAUCUCUGUCCUCGUUGUCCAGCGACAGCAGCUCUGGGCCAGCUAUGCACCACAUCCUGGCAGAUGGGAGCAGCGGGAAGGAAACAUAUCAUAAUUUGGACUUUAAGAUUGUGGUGGAGCAGAAAAGUGGUCCGCCUGUGACUGUUCAUUUAGUGGCGUCAACCAUGCAGGAAAAACAGGCUUGGGUCACUGACAUCAGUCAGUGCUUGGACAAUGUGCACUUCAGCAGUGCAAACCUGCUGAACCCAUCAGGACUCAAGGAUGGCUCUUCAACAGCCAUGUCAGCUUCAGCAGUCAAGUCAGACCCAAGGCUCUUCAAGGAUGAUGUAGACAUCAGGUUCUCCAGGACACUGAAUUCUUGCAAGGUUCCACAGAUUAGAUAUGCCACCCCUGAGAGGCUGUUGGAGAGACUGACAGACCUCAGGUUCCUGUCAGUGGACUUCCUCAACACCUUCCUGUUGACCUACAGGGUCUUCACUGAUGGCAUGACUGUCUUGGAGGCCCUGAAGAAAGUCUACAAUGCCACUGAGCCCCCAGAGGCUGAUAACUUGUAUCCCAACAUCCCAGGAGGAGGCCAUCACCUACCGAAUGUGAUUUUCUCGAGAUCACCAGCUAUGAGCAGACAAGAAAGCUUUGAUUCUCCUCUUCUGGACUCCAGGAGAAGCAGCUGCGCAUCCAGAAGAACAUCUGUUGAGGAGGAGCAAAGGGAGGCAGCUGGGCUGCAUCUCAUCCAAGAGACUGCUGGCAGGGAUGACAAUGAUGACGAGUCCAGCAAGACCAAUAACACCAGCAGGGAUCAACAACAACAACAGCAGCAACACAGAGUGUCAGUGUCUAGUCCAGUCAAGUUGUCUGGACCCAGUCUGCCUCAGCAGUCUUUGCUGCUAGACACCAAUAAUAAGACAAUGAUCAAGUCUGCUGAUGUGCUGGAGGAAAAGUUCCUGGCCAUUCCCUCAUCCAGUGGCAGAACAAGUGGGCAGCAGCAGACUCUCAUUACUGGCUCUGCUGCUGUUGCGAGCAGCACCAGCACCAGCAGCACUGCUGACACUACAAAUGGGAUUGGUGCUGAUGAGAGGUCAAGUGCUGCCAGGACAGCUGGAGGAUCCCUGAUAGACCUUGGAGCAGCUGCUGGGAAUUUCAGGGGAGAAGCCCCAGCAGCAGGACCAGAAGUGGGACAGAGAUCAAAGAGUGUGACAGCCAUGACCAUGACCAUGGGCACUCUACCCCCACCACCAGUGGCAGCAAGGGGUUCAUCAGCUGGUCUCAACAUGAGACCAAUGCCCAUGGCUGUGCAGAAUCUGCAAGCCUCUGAGUCAUCCUCAGCCCCCAUCAGCAACAGCUCAGCAUGUCACCAGCACCAACAGCAUGCAUCUGCAGACUCUGCUGGCCCAUCAUCAUCAAGGCCUGUCCCUCCUCCUCCUCCUUCUUCUUCUUCAGUGCCCAGAGCUGAGACCCCACCAGCAGAAGACAAUCCUAGUCUGGCAGUGCCUGGCAACACCAGGAAGAAUCAGCAGCAACAGCAGCAGCAAUUGCAUCCCCUGCAGCAGCACAGGCCUUCACAAGUGCUGAAAUUUGAGCCUGCCAACCCAGAGAUGCCAGCAGCAGGGACAGGAUCAGGAGCACCCUCAGGUACAACUAGUGGUGGUGGUGGACAGCAAUCUGCAGCAGUUUCAAAGCCCAUAGUGAAGAUAUCUUCAGGGGACAAUGAGUCUGCAGCUGGCUCCCUGGUGCCAUCUGGUGGUGGCAUCAACCUCUUGAGUUCCGGUCUGGACCAUGCUGGUUCCAGGAGACCCAGUAGGGACACCACCGUGUCCUUGUCCAGGUCCAGGGCUGGCAGUGGGUGUCUGUCGGGGUUCCAGACCCCGAAAAGAGGCAGUUAUUCUUCACUCAUGCCCUCGUCUGCGUCUUCAUAUUCUGGACAGGGUGCUGGCCCUCCGUUCGUGCCCCGGAGAAUGGUGGCCAGCCGGGACUCGGAAGUGACGCAGCACAGCACGACCAGCAGCUCCUUCAUCGUGCAGGCCGCGUCGGCCCGCAGCAGCAGCUACAUCUGCCCGGACUCGCCGUCCAACAACCCCAAAGUCGGGGUCGUCAUCACGUCGUCGAGACAAGCCCGAAGAAGGAGCAGUUCGUCGACAGCAGCAGCCGCCUUCGCAGCCGCCACCGCCGCCAGUGGGAACCCGAGAGACGUCCCGGUCGGCGUCCCAGCUGGCCUCAGUCUGCUCACCAACAGUUGUCCUCCGUCCCGACGCGUGUCCUACCAGACGACGUACUCGUCUCUGGGCGGCAGUGGCGGCGGCGGUGGUGGUGGUGGUAUGUGUUGCGGGGACUUGAGUGCUGGCGACGGCAGUCGACGGAUGUCGUCGCGAAGCAGCGUCGGGUCGUCCCUGGGCAUCGGAUUGGGCGACGUUUACCGGAGAGGCAGUUCCAAGGACGGAAGGGACGAGCUGAUGAUGAAGCGGAUCCCGAGGGGCUCGGACGCCGCGGCGGCCAUGCAUUUGACCGCCACGGCCGCCACCAUGCGGGUGCUGAGUGUGCUGAGACACUGGGUGUCUAAGCAUCCGCAGGACUUUGAGAGUGAGCAGUUGAAGAGCAUGACUGUGGAGUUCCUGGAGGACUGUGUGAGUGCACCAAACCUGCUGCCUGCUGAGCACAAGGCUGCCACUCAGCUGCUCAGGCUCCUGACCAGGGAAGACUUUGAGCACAAGGCCAUUGAUCUGGAGACUCUCUUGGCCCCACCUGCAUCACCUUUCCCUGAUGACCUGAAGCAUUCUUCAAAGACCUCUGCUGCUAUGAGGGAUCCUUGUGACCAGUUUUCUGCUCUGGAAAUUGCAGAGGAGAUGACUUACUUGGACCACAAGAUAUUCAUUUCCAUCAAGAGCGAAGAAUUGUUGGGCCAGGCUUGGAUGAAGAGCGAGAAGAACACCAAAGCGCCUCAUGUUGUGAUGAUCACCAAAAGGUUCAAUGAGGUGUCGAGGCUGAUUGCUUCAGAGAUCCUGAGCAAGCCGUUCAUGAACGAGAGGGUGGCAGUCAUCGAAAAGUGGACGGGGGUCGCGGACAUUUGCAGGUGCUUGCACAACUUCAACGGCGUCUUGCAGAUCUGUUCGGCCUUCACCAACUCGUCGGUGUUUAGGCUCAAGAAGACCUGGGACCGGGUUUCGAGAACGACGAAACAAACGCUGGACAAGCUGCAGAAGCUGGUGGCGGCCGACGGGCGCUUCAGGAACCUGAGGGACGCCCUGCACAGGUGUGACCCGCCUUGCAUCCCGUACCUGGGCCUCUACCUCACCGACCUGUCCUUCAUCGAAGAAGGCACGCCCACUUUCACGGAAGACCACCUCAUCAACUUCUCCAAAAUGAGAAUGGCGGUACAGACCUGCGGUGAAUUUAUUGCCCACGUGAUCCGGGAGAUCCGGCACUUCCAGCAAACGCCGUACAAGAUCGAGCACAACAAGCGGGCGGCCAACUACUUGCUCUUCAUGCAAAACACCUUGUCCGAGGAGGAGUUGUACCAGCGGUCCCCAUUUUUCAUGACCAUCAGGUUCCUCAUCCCGCCCUUUGGAUGGUUAUUUGUUGCCAAUAUUGUUGUUCUUGUCGUGGUCAUUAAAAACAAAACCUUUGAGGACCAUCAGCCCAUUUGGGACAAAUGA